GAUAGACUGAUACCGCGCGCUACGGACUGGACGUUACUUUCAGGCCGAGGUUUUUAGUUUCACCUUUCUAGGAUUCUCGCAUAGCUGGAUGAAUUAUUUUUUCUUGGAAUUAUGGAAAAUAACUCUAUUCUUAACUAUUAACAUAUAAACUGUGAAUUUCAUGCCAUAUGAUAAGUUCUGAGUUCAACUUACAGUAUUUAUGAUCAUAUUCAUACAAUAAUUCAUAAUCAUAUGAUUACAUAUAUUCAUUUUGACUAUACGAUCAAACUAUACUUUGAAACCGUAUAUAAUCAUAUUUGACGAAGAUUUGCAUUUCAUAUCUGUAUUCUAUUUCUUAAGGAAUAUAUGAUUAUAUCGUAUUUGAAUGCUUUAACCCACGUACAUUAUGUAUCCACAGGAUCUAUUCAAACCUCUACCUAAUAUCAAGAAAUAUAUAUAACCGUGUAUGUUUAAGGACUAUAUUCACUAUUUUAUUAACUAUCAUUUAAAUCGUAUUUGGAUACUAUAAAUUAUUUCAUUUCCGAAAUUACCUGUCCAAUUCGGUGAGUCUGUCAUAGUUUGUUUUUUUGACAGUGUUUUUUUCCAAAAAGCUGUUUCAUAUAUUUGUUCAAGAAGCAACAUAAUAACUUUAGACGGUAAUAAUCUUCUAAACUACUUAUCUCUGCACCUCCCAAUUUUUACUAAUACGGACUUUCAGUUUAUAUAUGUAUCACAUACCGUACUUUUUUGAUUGUUUGAUACUAAUUAUCGACAUUUCUAAAUUACUUUACUAUAUAAGGCUAUCUUUCGUGUCAUAUAUGUUAAAAUUUAUACAACUUGCUCCUUUAUAUUCUAUUUUGCCUCCACACAGAUACUGACAUAAAUACUUCAUCUCCACUACUAUCUUCCUGCCAUUGUCAUCUUUUGUUUUUAACACCACUAAUCCUCACGAUACAUUCACUCUUGGUUAAAACAUAGAUUUUGAUUUUUAGACUAACUUGAGCCCUCGGAAUUGAUUUUUUCACCCCUAUUUCCAACAUUCUGUUCAAACCACUUGCUAUACGUCACUUUAUCAUGUCACAAAAGAAAAUGAAGACCCCUGCUCCUAGGCGUCCAGCCAAACGUAGGAAAACGACACAAUUUAACACCUCUACCGAUACGAUUUCCAACAGUUUCAACGAGACGUGCCACUCCGUUCAUCCGGAAGCAGACAGGCUUUUACCAGUUGUCUCCAUUCCAGACAUGUUGAAAACUCUGAUGGUAAACAGUGAUGAUAAUCGCAACUGCAACUAUAUGGAUGCUAUAAAGAAGUUGCAAGUAGACAUGAACAUUCUCAAUCCGCUUAAAUAUCUCAUCAACCCCAACCUCACAGAGACUCCAGAUCAAAUGAAUGACAUAAAUAUUUUCCUAGAUCGUGUUGCAUCAGAGGUAUUUGAAAGAAUAAGACGAUCUAGCAAUGCAAUUGUGUUUAAUAUACCGGAUACACAUGCCCUUAAAAAUAUCAAAUCUAGUCUGCUUAGAGCCAGCAAUAUGACACACGUACCAUGUGUAUGCACAAGAUUAAAAAGAAGUCAUCCUGGUAUGCACUCACCGAUCUUGUUCAAAUUCAACUCAUCUGUAGACGCCAGUGAAUUUUUAAAUUCCUCCAAUUCAUUGAGACAAAAACAGAUUUUCAAGGAUAUUAAGACUCUUCCGGAUAAAACACCAUGCCAGCGAAAAGCAGCAAGAGAUAACUACAGACCAUCAGCUUCAAACUCUCAAAUGCAUCAUAAUCCUAAUGGUUGUAACGUUAAGUCCGAUUCUAAGAGGACGUCUAGCUUAACAACUUUGCCGCCACCAAAAAACUCUUCUGAAUCUCAUAAAGUUCAAAACCCAGAAGAAAGUAAUCCCGAUGUAGGUGGUGUCCAUCCUCUUAAGAAUGUUGACUUAGAUUCAACCCGAACUAGUUGUGCUGAUGACGAAUGAGAUGACACAGUCCAAACCCCUGUUAGCGCAACACCCAGUUACAGUAACUGUGCAAAGGAUAACAGAAAAACUAAUCAUAACAUUCAUAUAACUGACCACGCACUUAACGUUGAUAUAUUCGAACCUCGCAAACCAUCGCAAGUAUGUUUAACAGCAAACAAUCCUCUCCAACUUAUGAAGAAGCCGAAAUCAACCACAAACCUUGGAAAUAAACGUCUUAAACACGUUACCCAUACGUCAGGUAUAAAUAGUUAUCUGAAUUGUAAUUGGCCACUUGGUCACAACCAUAGACCUGAUAGCCUUCUUGGUCCGGCUCCCAAUAUGUACAGUAUCCCCUUAUCAGAUGUUAUAUCCAAUAGCAAUGAAAAGAAUUUAUUUGUAAUUCCGCCGGCUUUCCUGCCGGCAACGGUAAACAUAUUUCACAUGAUGACAAA